UUUUAGAAUGAAAAAUCAAAAGAAAUCACUCAUUAAAAUUGCUGCGAAUAACAGAAGAAAAAUGAGCGAAUCCGACAGGCUCAAGGAAAGUGGCCGCAAGGCGUUCGAAUUUCCGUACAAGGUGUUCUAUGGGCCGGUAUCGGCAAUACCAUACACAUUCGAUCGAGAUUUGCAACACAGUCUGCUAGAUUCCAUAGAGUUUGUUUGCAACACAAUUGGUAACUCGGCCAAAGAAAUAGCAAGGAACGUUGAGAUAUCGACAAUUCUAAAACAGCUGUUCUCCACUUCAAUUAUCCUACCGGUCGGCCAGACAGCGAAUCUGCCUGAUCUAGAAGAUGUGAACGUACUUGAGGCGCAACAAAAACUACUGUUGGAUUUGACGAUCACGUGUGCGAACAAAGAUUACCACUUCAGCUUGCCAAUUGUUGGUUACGGUUUGUCGAUUUCAUCAGGAAAUGAGGUCUGUCAAGAGGAUUUGUAAGCAGUUCACCAACAUUCAAGCUCUUAAAAGUGUUUACUUUGCUCACGUUCGUUCGUACUUGGAAUAUGCUUCAGUCGUUUGGCACCCUCAUCAAAUGUCUCAUAUGAUGAAGACGGAGUCAAUCCAAAAAAAAAUUCUAAUGUUCGUCUACCAAGUUAUCUAGAUCGUUGUGCUUCCAUCAACAUCGAACCACUAUGGCGUAGAAGAAUUAACUUGAACGAUCUAUUCGUUUUUGAUCUGCUAAGCGGACGUCUACGUGCAUCGUCAUUAGCUUUGAAAUUGAGAAUUAAUCAUCCGAACAGGACUUUUCGGAGGCAUGAGUUCCUUAUUGUUGAGUACCACCGAACGGAUUAUGGUCAGCAUGAGCCUAUAAACAGUAUUGUGAGGAUGUUCAACUGCUUCUCCCAGGCGUACAACCGUUCGAUGUCAAGGGACGUGUUUCGUAACUGUGUUAGAUCAGUGAUGCUGCCAUCUGUGCCGCUGGAUCAAUUCAAUCUACACCCGCUUGCCUCAUCGCUCGAUCUUGGUUGAUGUCGUUAACUUCGCUGUGUGUUUUCAUUUUCAUUUAAUUUUCGUUUUGGACUUAUGCUUGAUUUCCUUACGCCGUUUACGCUCCGUUUGCACUCCGUUUACUCCUGAAACAAUAAAAAGAGGCGUGGUUUACGCGUACACGGCGUAAGAGGAAAUCAGGCAUUAUUUUUGUUAUUGUAUUGUGUUGCUUGGGAUGUUUGGUUAUUAAAAGAAGAAGAGAAAAAAAAGUGAUGUUGUAGUCAGAUAGCUUAUUCCGGUUGACGUAAGAAUAAAUAAAUAAAAGUAAAUAAAUGUUAAACU